AUGACUGUUUUUCGUUUUAGAGAUGUGGUCAUCUUGCUCUGUCAGAUGACGGCAUUGAUUGUAAUGUGUACGGGUCGCCCUCCAGCCUGCAGAGAAGCGAGUUCGGAUAGGUUGAAAAAUUUAACACAGAUGCUGUUUUUAAGGGACAGUCAUUGGUUAACAUACGACGCCAUCGAUAUACACUCUGAGGCUGUGAUUGAGAUCUUACCAUCAAAGAUUACCAAUGAAAUAAUUACAACUUGCCCCAAAACUACAAACUCUACGUGUCCAUCUUACAUGGUGAAGGAAACCGUGCCGACGAGAAUACCCUCUGUGAUCAUGCAUACACGCUGUGCAUGUGACAGUUGUCAGAUAUCUGGAAUUAAAGGAAGGAACAGACUGCAGUAUAGGUGUGAGCCGGCGCAUCGCUUUCUUCCGGUACUGAAAAGACAGGAUGCGUGUGUGAACGGGGAGUAUGAUUACGUCAUUGUGCAACAGAGGGUAGCAGUGUCAUGUCACUGCGUUCGUAAACCAUUGACGAGGAAAAGAACAAGAAGGAUCAAGAAGGGGAAGAAACCAAUGAAAAAGAAAUAUUCUGCAACUCGUAAAAUUCCACAGGAUUUUUCAACAUGA